AUGUCUAAAGUUCCCCCGCCAGGAGUUUGGGCACCAGCCAUCACUUUCUUCGACCCAACAACAGACGAUCUCGAUCUUAGUUCCCAGAAGGCAUACUACAACUACCUAUCGAAAUCUGGCCUUACAGGGCUUGUUAUCUUAGGCACAAAUGCCGAAACCUUCCUUCUCACACGAACUGAGCGUGCUUCGCUACUGAAAUGUGCGCGCGAGGCUGUCGGUCCCGAAUAUGCCAUCAUGGCAGGAGUGGGUGGUCACUCGACAAAACAGGUGCUGGAAUACAUAGAGGAUGCAGCUCAGGCAGGAGCUGACUACGUCCUCGUCCUGCCACCUGGAUACUUCGGUCCUGCGACCACGGAGACUGUCGUUCGCAACUUUUACGCUCAAGUCGCAAAAGCUUCGGCUCUGCCAAUCGUGCUCUACAACUUCCCAGGAGUCUGCAACGGCGUGGAUCUUUCGUCGUCCCUGAUCACGGAACUGGCGAAUGCGCAUCCGAACAUCGUUGGCGUGAAGCUGACCUGCGGUAGCGUGGGAAAGAUCACAAGACUAGCCGCACAACUUCCCGCUUCUCGAUUCAGCGUGUACGGUGGACAGUCCGAUUUCCUUAUUGGCGGAUUGAGUGUUGGAAGCGCGGGAUGUAUUGCGGCAUUCGCGAACGUAUUUCCCAAGACAAUUAGUCGCAUCUACAAGCUCUGGACGGAGGGACAACAUGAGGAGGCCUUGAAAUUGCACAGAGUGGCCAGUCUGGCAGAGGAACCUUGCAAGGCAGGCAUUGCAAGCACAAAGUAUGCGGCCAGCAUUUUUUCGGCACCCAAGGCUGGCAUACAAGAUGCAGAAGCCAAAUUGAGACCUCGCCAGCCAUAUCCACCAGCACCAGAAGCAGUACAGAAGAAGAUUCGCGAAACCAUGUCCGAGAUGAGCAAGCUGGAAGGCUAG